UCCAUCAAAAGAUUUAGCACAACCUCUUUCUUUCUUUCUCUUUCAAGCUUCAGUAAUGGCGUCUCGUUUAGUUCUCACCCUCCUCGCUCUCUCUGCGUGCUUUCUUCUAAUCCUACCCAUACAUUCACUCACCUGCAAAUCACAAACGUUCAGCAAAAACAGGCUCUACUCCAACUGCACUGACCUCACCGGAUUCAACGCCUUCCUACACUACACCCACAAUGCUUCCAACUCCUCUCUCUCCAUCGCCUUCACUGCCGUACCUGCCAAACCCGACGGCUGGAUUUCUUGGGCCAUCAAUCCGAACUCGGAUGGCAUGAUUGGGGCCCAGUCACUCAUCGCCUUCAAAUCCAACGGCUCCGUGACCGUCAAGCCGUACAAUCUCACAUCCUACGGCUACAUCAACGAAACAAAUCUUUCCUUCCAAGUGUGGGACAUGAGCGCGGAGGCUACUGCCACGACCAUGACCAUAUUCGCGACGGUCAAGGUCCCGGAAAAAGCGGGGAAGGUGAAUCAGGUGUGGCAGGUGGGGCCGUCAGUCACGAACGGUGUACCUGACAAACAUCUGAUGAGUAAAGAGAAUUUGGAAGCUAAGGGUGCGUUGGAGCUGGUGAGCUCUGCCUCUGCAAGUGCGCCUGCAUCUUCGAGCCCUGACAAGGCUGGUGAGUGUGGGAUUCGAACCAGAAACUUGAGCUUUUACUUUGGGUUUGUCGUUGCUCUUUUGUGGUCAAUUAUGUAGUUUUUAGUGAUUCCACGGUUAAGAUCUUGGUUUUUACCAGUUAGAGGGAGUAAUAACAAUUAACAAUAAGUCUUGACAGUUCUCAUACUCAGAUAGAGAAUUUUGCCUCCACCUUGACAAUGCAUGAAUUUUAAGCCCAGUUGUUCCUUGAGAAACCACUGAGUUGUUCCUUCGAGAAAGGAAUACCAAUC